AUGAAAGACGUGGUCGCCACCGACGCUGGCGAUCGGCCGGCUGCUCGACACUUUGGCAAGACGCAAGCGAUUACCACACAGCGCGUGAUGAAGGACACCUGCGACAUACACAGGACACCUCGACGUCGGGAGAUCAACUGCACUCUGGUCGUCAGUCUACGUACUGGAUACGACGAUCUUCAUCACAAAGAGCUGCGCGCGCCGAACAAGGUGUUCAUCCGCGUGUACGCUUCGGAUAACGGCAACUUGGACCACUUCGACAAGUCGGGGACCGUCGACUGGAUUGGCGGCUACUGCGGACGAUGCGAGUCGCGCAGGACGGGGACCGCGUUUUUGUGCGAGGAGGGACAGGAGACGGGGUUCACGUUUGAUGAUGGGCAUGCGGAGUACAUGUAUGCGCCUGAGACGGCGGUGGUGAGCAUCCCGGAGGAGGCGUUGCAGCAGGCGUCGUAUGUGGAGUUCGCACCCUUGCUGCGUAGAGGCAUCGCGGGUCUUGGGCACCUUGCCAUCCGAUACGCAUCGAAACUCGGCCUGAAGGACACCGCUCUCCUCUGGCUUGUCCAAAAAGCCGCUCGCUCUCUCGCUCGGAGCCUCCAAGUACAUCGACGCCUCCGCGACGGACGUCGUCUUAUCGUCAAGUCGCUCGGCGGCGCAUGCUUCGUCUUCUGCACCGCGCCCUACUCGCAGAGCGUCUCCGAGAUCAUCCCCACCGUCGGCCUGAACGGCACCGUGACGCUCGUAAGCGCGGCGGUGGACGGGAAGAUCCAGGUGGCGUUGGAGUGUGCGCAGGAUAUGGAACAGUGUGUCAAGUUCUCGACGUCGUCUGAUGUGGAGUCGAUGGUGAAGGAAUUCCCUCUGGAGGUCGUCCGCGAUGCGCUCUAUGGCCAAUUCCCUUCCUGCAUGUGCCUUACCACGUCACGCUCCCCUCGCGCCUGUCAGCGAUCUGGAGUACACCCUGAAUCACCCACAUUCCUGCACGCUCGUGCCUAUCUGGGCUCUUCUGCUGAGGGCGUCGUGUCACUUCCGGUUAUCAUGGUUUCGAGCCACUUCGUCGUGGACAACAUCUUCGAGGGUUCGCUUGUCGUCUGCAAUGUCUUCGCCUACGUCUGGCGUAUUGCGGUCGGGCGCAUGGCGCUGAUCAAGCUCUCCCCGAAGACCAUCGAGGGCUUAGAGGACUUAGUGGUGCACUCCGAUUAUAUGAUCCGCACGGUGCAGGACUUCGGUGUGGGGGUUUAA